CGUUAGUGGUCUCCAGAUCAGCAGCAAAACCACACCCGGCGGGACUCGCUCUUUAAAUUCCGUUCCUCGCAGACUUUCCCAUUUUCUUCACGUUUCAACAUCAAAUUCGAAACCCGGAAUUAUUUUUGGUAUACUGAAUGCAGGACCUGUUGAACUUCCCUCCAGUUCCAGAUCGAGACUUUAUUACUCUUGGAGAGAGAAAUGGAGAUAUUGUCCAUGUUCCGGCUGACAGAUAUGAAGAGACUAAACUGCCUGGUUACCCAGACGUCAGCCUGUCAAAGGAUUUCCUUAGAGUUUCCCAAGAAAAUUCAGCACCUCUGUUCCUAGCACAUGAAGAAACCCUUUGCAAGAAAGCACUAAAUGCUUGGUAUGAAACUGGCUUAUCAGAAGCGUUGGCUGUCCUGAACAGAGAUGAUGGAGCUCCAUCUCUGGUGUCUGCUGUUGCGAGUGGAAUCCUGACGGUUAUACGCUGGGCUAAAUCUAUUCACCCCUUAAUCAGUAAAUUAACUCUGUCCACUGAUGACAUCAUCAAUCAGUAUUCCUCACCCACAAACUGGUCUCCUGGAAUUAUCUGUUCAUUUGCAUGGCACCCACAUGCCCUCAAGUUUGCUUACGCACUCAUAGACGACUCUGUCAAAGUCCACACGGGUGGUAUGUCGCUGGUUCCCAUCUUGAGGACCAAGUUACAGAAGAACGUCAUAGACCUUGCUUGGCAACCAUUCUCUUCUUCUGUGCUUGCGGUGGCCUGUCGUUCUUGUAUCCUUAUUUGGCAUGUGGAACCGAUGUCUCUCGCAGAACGACCAUCGGCCAGUUGUGUUCAGAUUCUGCAACAAGACCACCAUUCUCCAGUGUCCAGUUUAGGCUGGAGUCCAAGUGGUCACCUUUUGCUCUCGGCUUCACCCAUUGACACUGCUGUCAUGGUAUGGAAUGUUGCCAUGGAAGCUGUAGUACCAUUGCGGAGGAUUGGAGGUGGCGGUAACACUAUGGUGUGUUGGUCACCAGAUGGAUUCAGAGUAAUGUCUGCAACACCAGCUUCAGUAUUUAGGGUUUGGCAAACGAAAACUUGGGGAUGUGACAAAUGGACUUUACCUUCCGGUCGAUGUCAGACGGCAUGCUGGAGCCCCGAUGGCAGCACUUUGCUGUUUGCGACUGACGCAGAACCCCUGGUGUAUGCGGUGACCUUUAGCACCAACAAAGAAGCAGGAACCGUUGGAGGCAACCGAACGGCUGAAGUGUUCCUCGAUCUGUCUUUGGUCAGUCUAACUUCAUCCCUUGAUGAAGACAUCAAAAUUGGUGGCUGUGUUCAAAGUUUGGUCUGGGACCCCACUGGUUCGCGUUUAGCUCUGCUGUUCAAAGAAUCCUUUGGUUGUAAGAAAAACCUGAUAGCAGUAUUCCGUACGACAAAAAGCCCUUCUCUGAAAGCCACGCCAUGUGGUUGGGUCAAAGGUGAAGAAGGAGAUUCAGCGCAGUUCAUUUGUUUCAAACCCAAAUUCCAAGAUGGCGCCUUACUGACUGUGGUUUGGUCCAGUGGUAGAAUUUCUCAAGUGCCUUUCUAUUUCCUUGUUCCUGACAAGAUUUCUUCUGGAGGACCUCUACAGAUGGCGCCACAGUUUGGCCCACAACCUGAUUGCCUACUUUUCUCAUCUGCCAUGUCUGAUUUGGACUGAAUCUUCUCAUUCUCUCUCUCACGUCACACCACUUCAACAGACCACCACUGCUGAAAAGACUCUCCACUGUACAAAGACUUGAUGGUCUGAUUUCUCUUUCUCCAUGCAAUACAACACUAUGAAACCAUACUGCUACCACCAACACACCACUCUACAAGACUAUACCAACAUAACCACUACGCUAUACUACAUUGCAGGACCACCACUACUGAAUGGACUCAAUGUCGUAUAAAGAUUUCAUGAACUGUGUGUUUCUCUCCAACACACCUCUAGACCACUCCUGCCAUUUCACUGCCACAUGACCACCACUGAUGAAGGACUCCACUGUUGUACAAAGAUUUUGAAAUAAACUCCUCACCCCACUCCUCAUUCUCCCACCACA